ACGACUCCCACAGUAGAUGAAGAUGACGAAGAUUGGGAUGAACCCGAAUCUUCAGAAAUAGACGAUGAUGGAAAAGUUUAUAAGAAUCCUAGAAAUUCACCGUCUACCUUAUGUCCAAGAGACGAAGAACAAGCUACAUUACUAGGUCAAAAAUGCUUAAGAAAAUGUUCGUCCGAUGAAGACUGCAAAAGUAAGAAGAAAAAGUGCCUUUGCGACGGAUCCUGUGGCUUAUCUUGUAUAAAACCAGAUCGUGAAUGUCCUGAGCCAGAACAGAUAGCGUAUGGAUCAGUAGCAGCCAGUGGAAAACUUUUUGGAGCUCGAGCUACCUAUACUUGUCAACAUGGAUACCAUGUCGUUGGACUACAAAGCAGAACCUGUCAAGCUGACGGCCAAUGGGCUGGAAGUUCACCGGCCUGCAAGCAAAAUAUUUAUUGUUUGUCACCCCCUACUAUUGAUCAUGCUCGUCAUAAUGCACCUGCUGAACAAACAACGUUUGAUCUGGAUUCUACUCUACAAUACUAUUGUCAUACUGGGUACGUAACUAAUGGUUUUCCUAGAGCAAAAUGUUUGGCAAUAGACGGACAGGCUUCUUGGUAUGGUCCGGAUAUAGCUUGUGAACCUAGAUCAUGCGGAGCACCAACCGAUAUUUCCCAUGGCUGGCAUGCUGGAGAAUGUUAUACGUAUGGUUGCAGAAUAACAUACCACUGUGCAGAAGGGUACGAACUCGUAGGCAAGAAUGAACGCUAUUGCCAAGCGGACGGCACUUGGAAUCCUAAGGAACUCCCUACGUGUGUUCUCGUUACAGCAGUCCAGUGCGCUCCUCCUGAUAACCCUAGACAUGGAAAAGCCAUUUUCACGUCCUGCAGCUACAAUUCAGUCGUCAGUUAUGAGUGCAAAUAUGGGUAUACUUUGGUGGGAGAAAGUACUAGAAGAUGUGGAGCCGACAAGAAGUGGUCUGGAAGUCAGCCAGUUUGUAAAGAAAUUAAUUGCGGACACCCCGGUCGACUAUGGAAUGGCUGGCUUGAAAACAUAGAAGCUGGCACAGGUCUAGGAGCUUCUAUAAUAUUUAGGUGUCAUGAUGGUAUGCUGCUUGAAGGAAAUACGUCUACAGUUUGCCAAAUCGAUGGAAAGUGGAGAUAUCCGUUGCCAAAAUGUUUAGCUCCUUGUGUCGUGCCACACGUCACCCAAGGCAGCGUGAUUUUAGUCGGAAGAAACGAAACAGCGAUGACUUCAACAGUUGUACAACACGGCGAAGCAUUGUCGGUAGAAUGCGAUCCCCACUACGAAUUUUUAGCAAGUCUCUCGCCUGUUACCUGUAACAACGGCACUUGGACAUCUAUGCCAAAAUGUGAUCCCGCCAGAUGCAAACGCCUUCCGACCUCUCCACGCAAUGGAAUGGUAAUCGCUCCCAAAAUGGAGCAUGGCAUGAAAGCAAGAUUUAAGUGUAAAGACGGAUUUGAAUUAAAAGGUGAAGAUCUGAUGGAAUGUUCCUUCGGAAAUUGGACUGGAGAGCUUCCAAAAUGUGAAGAAGUAUACUGCCCCUAUCCUGGAAAUGUGCAGAAUGGCAAAAUUUUGUUAGUUGGAAACAUGGGUUUGUACGACUAUCGUCCGUAUGUUCGAAAAGUAACAAACAACAAGCAGAUCAUGUACGAUUGUGACAAGGGAUAUGUGUUGGCUGAAGGUCCUCCUGGAGCGACAUGUAUUGGAGGUCAUUGGAGCCCGAGAGAAUUACCUAAAUGCUUGUUGGGUCAGCAUCCAAGAAUCCGUUGGAAUCGUAGAAAACGAUCUGCCAUAAUGGAAAAAUAUAAAAGAGCCUUUAUUCGCAAUCACAAAUUCAUAUAUGCAGGUAACCAAAAACGAAAUAUUCAUAACUACCUUCAUCUUGCCGAAGAAGAUUUGAAACUAAUACGAAAUAAAAGAAGUGCUGUGGUAAAAAAGUCGCUCUAUCAAAGAGUUGCCGAAGCUCUACAAUUUUUUAACAGUAUCAGAAAAAAACGAGCUCUUAAAGGUGGAAGUGGUAGCAGAGCUCUUGGUACAAGUCACCGAGGUUCUAGCUCCAGUUUAAGCUUGAGAAGAGGAAAUAAAAAGAAUCCUUACGAAGACGACGAGGACGACAAACCUGGAAAUCAGGUAAUAGAACCAAAGAAACCCAAACCUAAAAACAAAGGUCCUUGCGAACCGUUGUCCAGUGAACCUUACGUCAACAUUGAAGUCGUAAAGAAUGGAAGAGAACCUAAUGUAAGUUUUAGCGCCGGCACCGUUGUCAAAAUGGCUUGCGGUAAAGGAUACGGGUUAAAUAUGCCGGAAAAUAAGACAGCCAAAUGUGUACGAGGAAAAUGGCGACCCACACAGCCUAUGUGCUUGAUAUGUAAGUUCUUUUGUCAAUGUAAUACCAUUUCUAACACGUUGACUGCUUUCAUAAAAAUGUUCACUAAAUUAAAAUAUCUAUAA